CUCGUCCAGGUCUCGUCACCUCUUCCAGGACUCGUCACCUCGUCCAGGUCUCGUCCAGGUCUCGUCCAGGUCUAGUCACCUCUUCCAGGACUCGUCACCUCGUCCAGGUCUAGUCCAGGUCUCGUCCAGGUCCUAAAGGACCUCGUCUCAUUCCCUCCAGUUCUACGAUGCUCUCCUCCUCCUUUUCCUCUUCCUCUCCUCUCCUCCUCCUCCUCUUCCUCUUCCUCCCCCUCCUCCUCCUCCCCCUUCCCUCUCUGGCUUGUCAGACUAGCGGCUUCACCGAGUGUCAGCAGGUUCCCUUCGUCCCGGGUCACAAUCUGGCCGGCGAAGGUUUCGAUGUGGUGAAGAUGCAGACGAGCGGCGCGAGUGUGGUGGACGUGAAGAACUACAUGGUGGGAGGCGUCCAGGGGAACUGCACCGUGUGCUUCAACCACCUCCUCAACCAGACCCAGAAACUGCCGGUGUCGGUCCUUGACUGGCGGAUCAAGGUGCACUGCCGGCGCAGUCUCAGCAGUAAGAUCUUCAUGUCGAGCCAGUCGAUGAUGAAAGACACAAGUUCAUCUCUUGGCGUCAGCUGGAAGGUGGGCCUCGGUAUCAAAGGAGUGGCCGGUUUUGCCGUCGGAGGAUCUCACUCCACCUCGUCGCGGUUUGCGGAGAGUCGCAGCCGGAAAGACAAGUUCUCCUUCACCACGCACGACUUCAAAUGCAAAUACUACACCUUCCGUCUUCAUUCCCGCCCUCCGCUGAGCAAAGAGUUUGAGGUUUCCCUGAAGAACCUUCCGUCCACCUACGACCACAGGAACACCCCGGCCUUCCAGCAGUUCAUCGCCGUCUACGGGACCCACUUCAUCCGCAGGGUUCACCUGGGGGGUCACGUGCACUCCAUCACGGCCAUUCGGACCUGCGAGGCCGCCAUGAGCAAGUUGUCAGUCCACGCCGUCAGCAACUGUCUGUCAGUCGAGGCCAGCGGGACCAUAAAGGGCAUUACCCUCGAAGCCAGCACCAAGUUCUGUCGCGAAAAGAGCAAAAGUCUUAAAACCGGGGCAACUUUCAGCCAGGCCUUCUCCGAUCGGACCACCACGGUUCUGGGAGGAGACGGGGAUGUGGGGGACAUUUUGUUCUCCACCGACGGCGACGCAGGCUACAAGAAGUGGCUCUCGUCCCUGAGGAGGGUCCCGGGUGUGGUGUCCUACCAGAUCAGCCCCCUGCACAUGCUGGUGUCAGAUAACGAGAUCCUGAAGUCCAGCCUGCGAGAGGCCAUCAGCCACUACAUCCGCGGGAGCGCCAAGCCGCUGAGUUGCCCCGCCAGCUGCAGGGUCGGCAACCACAACAACGAAUGUGCGUGUCAGUGCAAGGGCCACCGCAUGGUGGACUCCAACUGCUGCCCGGCCGAGACCGGCGUGGCCCGGCUGAACGUGACGGUGGUGGGAGCCCAGGGCCUGUGGGGUGACGACUUCACCAAGACGGACGGAUACGUCAAAGUGUUGUAUGGUCAACAAGGAGCCACGACGCCGGUGAUCUGGAACAACAACUUCCCGCAGUGGAACUACCUCGUCCGGUUUCAAACCGUCAACCUGCAGCACCGAGUGCCUGUGGUUCUGGAGGUCUGGGACCGGGACAGUGUCUGGGACGACGACCUGCUGGGGAAGUUCACCCUCAUCCCCGCGGUGGGUCUCAACGUCGAAAAGAUGUUCAAGCUGAAGCACGGCUCUCUGUUCGUCAAGGUGUCCGCGGUGUGCGCUCCCAGCCUGCAGGGGUCGCUGUGUGAGCAGUACGCCGCCUCGCCGAGCUACGAGGGGGCGGAGCAGGAAGUCCGCUGGGGUUAGGACGGUGACACAGUGAAGAGUCUGAUGAUUAAUAAACAGAUUAUUUAACAUGUUGUUGUUGACUAUAGAGAUGAAUGUAUCAAUAUACAAUGUCACUAGAAUGAUACAGUAUCAUAUUUAUACAACAUUUGUGUUUUACAGAUUGUUUGUGUGUUGACUGUGACAGUUGAUGUCAUCGUUUAUGAAUUAAUAAAUAAGUAUAGAAACGCA